AUGCUUCCAAUCGAUCUUGCCAAACUAGCCGCCUUGCAAUCUAAGGUAUAUCACUCAAUCAUUGUUUUCAUUAAAAGAGCUCUUACUAUAUAAAAAACACUUAAAUAUUAUAUAUUUUAUUUUAGAGAUUAGAAUCGGAUUUCAAGGUGCUAGGGAGGAUAGGAAAGGGCGGAUUCUCUAAAGUGUACAAAGUAAGCAACCUUCUUGAUAAAAAUACUUAUGCUUUGAAAGAAGUAUUGAAAAAUAUAUAUUAUAUAGAUUGAACUCAAAGGAAAGGACUUGAAGGAGAGUCAAGAGAAGAAUAUCGAAAGAGCUUAAAGAGGUAUAAAGUUUUAAUUAAUAAGUUCCUUUUAAGAAGUUAAAUACUUAGCCCGACUAUCACAUCCCAAAAUUAUAAGAUACUUCAAUUCUUGGGUUGAAGUAAUGCCAAAUAAGGUGGAUUCUAUAAAGACGAGGAAACAAGAGCCAGAGACGAACGACUUUUUGUUCGAUAGGAAUAAUAUUAAUUUUAGUGACUCAUAAUAAAAUUCAAGGAAUGAUCUGGAGAAUAUAAUUUUUUUUAAAGAUUCUUAAAAUGAUCAGAUUAGUUAUUCUGAAUAAGAAGAUGAAAUUCAACAAAAAUGCAGAGGAAACAGAAAAAAGCAUAACCCUGUUAAUCAAAAUAAAAAAUCAAUUAGCUAAGAUGAAAAAAAGAUAGAAUUUGAUAGAAUCAUCUUUUACAUUUAGACUGAGUUUUGUCAACAAACAUUAGAGAAUUAUUUAUAAUAAAGAAAUGCACAGUUGUUGAAACUAAGAAAAAGUAAGGAUGAUGACUAUUAAAAUAUUCAGUAAAAGUAUGUAAAAGAAGCCAAAAUGAUUUUGGAUCAAAUAAUUAAAGGAUUGGAUUAUUUGCAUAAUGAAUGUAAGUUGGUACACAGAGAUUUGAAACCUGGAAACAUUUUCAUGAAUAAUCCAGAUGAUGUGAAGAUAGGAGAUUUUGGUUUAGUUGCAAAGCUUAAAUAAUUUUACGACUAUGAGGAUCAAGAUGAUGAUGAAGAUAUCUGUACAAGAAUGUAUGCAGCACCUGAACAGAUUAAUUAAAAAAUAAACAAAAGCUUUUCUGAUUAAAAAAGUGACAUCUAUGCGUUAGGUUUGAUAAUUUUACUAUUAUUUCAUCCUACAUCUACCUCAAUGGAGGCGAUUAAAGUGAUGAAUGAAGCCAAAAAGGGCAUACUUCCACAGAUUUUAAAAGAUAAACAUUCUAAAAUAUCAGAAAUUAUUUUAGAAUGUAUAAACAACGAUCCAAAAUAGAGACCUAUUGUUAAUGAAAUUGCAAUUUUGGAUUCGCAAAAUUCAUUGUCAUCUUCCAAGAAAAGUAGUAAUGAAUUUAAUAGUGAUUCCACUGACCUUUAUAUCAAAAAUAUCGGAAAUUGCUACGUCAAAUUUGAAGAUGAGGCAAUCUAAGAGAAGUAAAACAUUAUAAUAUCUUAGAUAUUUGCAGUUUAACAAUAGAUAAAUUUAAAUUUUUAAAAAUUAAAAUUGUCUUAAAGCUCAAAUGAUAUAUAACAUCAAUGAAUGUAAUAUAUCUUACAAUUAGAGCGAAAUCUUAGUGGAACAUAAUUAAUUAGAAAACUUUUCAUUCAAAACUACACAUAAUUAGUUAUAGGACAUUUAUGAUCAAUUAUGUGAACUCACCUAGGCAAUAUAUUGA